CUGAAAACACAAUCAUCGCGGGAUGAACGAGUGAUGGAUUUACGGGCAAGGAUGGUCCAUUUAAAAAAUAAUAAAAAUCAUUCCCCAUCGCCCUGCAAGUGUAUACUCGUCAGACGUCAUGAAACGUCAUCAGAAGUGUCCACUUAAUUUGAGGGCUGAGGGAAUAGGGUGUGUCUUUUUAAGCGUUUGGAACGAAGAGUUAAGAGAAAAUAAAGAUGGCGCUGCCCAUGUUAAGAGGUUGCAACUGUAGCAGACUGCCUUCAAUACUGAGUCGUUUCUUGAAACCCGAGCACGUUGUGCUUCCCCGGCCCAAUAAGACCACCCGCCUGGUUCCUACUUUGUCCGGUGGUGUUGUGUCCACCGUUCGACCUUACAGCUCUGAUCGAGGUGGAGGUAAACAAAACCAGAAGGUGGUUGUGCUCGGCAUCCCCAACCCUUUAAUAUGGUUCCGAACCCGAUUAUACUACUUUUUGAUUCGGGUUUAUUUAGACAAGGAAUUCAACAUCGAAGAAUUUACAGAGGGAUCGAAACAGGCAUUCUCCCAUGUUUCAAGACUAUUGUCAGGGAGUCAAUUUGAGUCGCUUGAAGGUCUGGUUGCUAAAGACCUGAUUGCAAAACUGGAAGAGAAAUGUGCUCUGCUCCCUCCAAGUCACCUGCAAGCGCUUUCUGCAGAUCUGGAAGACUUGGUGUACACAACACCAGGGGAUGUUGGCAUCUAUUAUGAUGAUGAUGGGCAGAAGUUUGUCAGUAUUCUGAUGAGAUACUGGUAUCUGACAAGUGCCCGGUUGCCUGAGGAAUCAUUGGAGGGAACACGUAUCUUUCAGGUGGCCAUGGGUGGUGAGGGUGAGCCGGAGACAAAGAGACUGCUCACAGCCAACUAUGAAUUCCAAAGGGAGUUUACUAAGGGGGUGUUGCCAGACUGGACCAUCACCAGGAUAGAGCACUCGAAGCUGCUGGAUUAAACUAGGAUUGAAUGGAUAUGGAGAGUGGUAGAGAAGCAGGAAACAGAAGACCAUCCUUCCUGCUCACCCUACGAGAAUAUCCCCCCACCUGCUAAAAUCUUGAUGGCCCUCAGGAGCAAAAUGACUCUCAAAGCCAAGACCAGGAGAGACAUGGGGAAUAUUUGAGGCCAACUUUCUAUCUGCCAGAAGUCACAUACUAUCCGCUGUAGAAAAAGUACAAAAGUCAAACAUGUCUCUUCGUAGUUUACUACUGUUCAGACAUCCAUGCAAGACCAGUUGUUCCCACUUGUCUCAGGCAGCAUCGCAAUCUGUGGUCCAAACUAGGCUUUGUUUGUCAGCUCUGCUUUUAGAGCCUGAUAUUCUUCCUUCUGUUCAAUGGGGAGGGUAGACAAGGGACAACUGUCACACGUUGUUCUCCUAAACAUUUGAGUGAAGUUGAAAUGUAUAGACUAAACCCUCCCCCCACCAAAAAAGAGAAAAUACAGGUUUUAUAUAUUCUCUCUCUCUCAAAAGUUUUUAAUCCCCCCCCCACACCCCAGUUCCCCAACAGCUGCCCCUCAACCAUCUGAGGAAAAAUAAAAUAAAAGCCAAUGCAAUAAACUAAAGACAUCAAGGGCAACAAAUCAUAACAGCUAGGCCAACUGAAUAUGUUUGAGUGCAUGUAUGGUGUUAUCUACGUGUGUGUGUGUGUGUGCAUUUGAAUGAGUGUGUAUAUGCAUGUGUACAAACACCUGCACGACAUCAGCCUCAGGAAAACAGGAAGUAGCUGUAACAUCACUGCCCCUCCGCCCAGCAACUCCACUCCCACUUGUCUCCAAUUCCACAUCCCAACCCUCAGCUUCCCUCAGCCCUUAUUUGAGCUGUUCUUGAUAUAAUAUAGAUGUGGUCUUUUAUCAAACUGGGCAAUCUUCUGUAUACCAUCCCUACCUUGUCACAACACAACCAAUUGGCUCGAAUGCAUUAAGAAUUAUAUAAAGUCCCCAAAUGAACUUGAAGUGACUACCUCAGGAAGCUGGUUGAGAGAAUCUCAAGAGUGUGCAAAGCUGUCACCAAGGGAAAGGGUGGCUAUUUGAAGAAUCUCGAAUAUAAAAUGUUUUUACUUGUUUAAAGCGUUUUUGGUUACUACAUGAUUCCAUGUGUUAUUUCAUAGUUUUGAUGUCUUCACUAUUAUUAUACAAUGUAGAAAAUUACUAAUAAAGAAAAACCCUUGAAUGA